AUGCAAACAAUUUUACUGAGCUACCGGUGCAGUCAACUGGCUGCAGGUACAUGUGAGAUUGUUACUUUGGACAGAGAUAGCAGUCAGCCCCGAAGGACUAUAGCCCGACAAACAGCUCGCUGUGCAUGUAAAAAAGGACAGAUUGCCGGUACAACAAGAGCAAGGCCAGCCUGUGUUGAUGCACGAAUUAUCAAAACAAAACAGUGGUGUGAAAUGCUCCCAUGUUUAGAAGGAGAAGGCUGUGAUUUGCUAAUCAAUAAAUCAGGCUGGACCUGUACACAACCAGGAGGACGGAUAAAGACAACCACG